UCGGAAAAACACCAGUCAAAACAGAGGAAGAAGAAACAAAAUGAACAUGGCGAGCAUGUGUCAAACGUCGUCGUCUCAUAACACGACCGCACUCCAUACGCAUCGAAGUUCACCCACGCACACGAGCUUCUAUUGGGGCCACGAAUCCCAAAUCCUAUUCUCGGGUUGGCCCGGAUCCAGCAGCGGCAUGUAUGCAUUGGCAUUGUUCUUCGUUUUUGGGUUGGCAGUGAUGGUGGAAUGCCUCUCGUAUCGCAGCAUCGUGAAGCCUGAGGCCAACAAGGUGGCCGCUUGGUUCUUUAAGACGGCGAUGCAUACCAUUCGUGCCGGUCUGAGCUACGUCGUGAUGCUGGCUGUCAUGUCGUUUAACGGCGGCGUCUUCCUCGCUGCGGUUCUCGGCCAUGCAGUCGGGUUCUUGGUUUUUGGGAGUAAGGUUUUUGGAGAGACUGAGAAACUGCCCGACAUUAGUCCUGGGAAAUAG